AAAUCAUCAAUCCAUCAUUCAUCACCUCCUUCCAACUCCCUCUCAAAACCAGAGACCCAGGGAUCAGAACCACAAUGGCCAAUCUCAAAUCCUUCAUGAUCCUUGCACUCCUGUUCGCCGUCGCCGCCCUCUCCAUCGCCGACGCCCAAUCAAGCGAGGCCGGCCACCUCGGGUUCAUACCCGCCAACGGAUCGCGGCAGUGCACGGGCUCUCUGGCGGAGUGCAUGUCCGAGGAGGAAGAGUUCGCGAUGGACUCCGAGUCGAACCGGCGCAUCCUGGCAUCCAGCAAGUACAUCAGCUACGGCGCGCUGCAGCGGAACAGCGUGCCCUGCUCCCGCCGCGGGGCUUCCUACUACAACUGCAAGCCCGGCGCUUCCUCGAACCCGUACAACCGCGGCUGCAGCAGCAUCAGCAGGUGCAGGAGCUGAAGCUCGGAAAGAUUCACCUCAAUCAAUUCUCUGUCUGUACUUCUUCUUCUUCUUCUUUCUCUUUGAAGAAAAUUACGUUGUGGAUUUUGAUGGGUUAUACAUAUCUUAAUUUGUUUUUUUUUUUCUCGAUGAUGAGAAAAUGUCAAUGUAACAGAAGCUGUGUGCCAUUUGGGUCUUGAGAAUUUGACUCUGAUAUACCGAAAUCAAAUAAGAAAACGGAGGAAAGAGAUCUGUUCUUGAGCCUGGAGUGAUUCUGAGAUUUGA